AGACACUGUGUCAGUACUAGUGGAACUAGAGACUGUAUAUUAUUGGGACAGCUCUGUUAGCUGGGAACAGUAUGUUAACACAGGAAGGCAGGGCUAACAGAUGUGAUGCAUCUCCUUUCUUGUGCAGUGAUGCGGCUGACCAAGCCGACCAUGAUGGUAUCUCACCCAGUGACAUGUGACCAGAGAGAUCUCCCUGGCAACACGCUCAACGACAUCACUGCCAAAGACCUUGCCACGGACAAAGAGACCCCUUACUUUGGCUUAGGAGAGCUGUUGACUCUACCACAGAAUUUUGGCAACAUCUUUUUGGGUGAGACUUUCUCCAGCUACAUCAGUGUCCACAAUGACAGCAACCAAGUUUGCAAGGAGAUUCUAGUUAAAGCUGACCUCCAGACCAGUUCCCAGAGGCUGUCAUUGUCCAGUGCCCACUCUGAGGCUGUGUCAGAGCUCCAGCCAGAGUGCAGCAUAGAUGACAUCAUCCACCAUGAAGUCAAAGAGCUAGGAACACAUAUCCUAGUUUGUGCUGUCAGUUACACCACACAGAGUGGAGAGAAGCUUUAUUUUAGGAAAUUUUUCAAGUUCCAGGUCCUGAAGCCACUAGAUGUCAAGACAAAGUUUUACAAUUCAGAGGAUUAUGUUUCUGAUGAGGUAUUUUUGGAGGCACAAAUUCAGAACAUCACCCCAGGCCCUAUCUAUGUGGAGAGUAUCACUCUGGACCCCUCCGUGUAUUACACUGCUGUGGAGCUCAAUAGUUGUGGAGGGAAAAACAGCAAUGAGCCAGUGUUUGGUAGUGUGAACUACAUCAACCCCCUGGACUCUAGACAGUAUCUGUACUGCCUGACCCCCAAGACAGAGAUGUACUCAGAGAACAAAGUGAUCAAGGGGGUGACCACCAUAGGAAAGCUGGACAUAGUGUGGAGAACCAACCUAGGAGAAGUGGGCAGACUGCAGACCAGUCAGCUACAGAGGGUGGCCCCUGGCUAUGGAGACAUCAGGUUGUCGGUACAAGCCAUCCCAGAUGCUGUAGAGAUAGAAAAACCUUUCAGUGUCACUUGUAGGAUAACAAACUGCUGUGAGCGAGAGAUGGACCUACUGUUAGUGCUCCAGAACACCAGCAAAGUAGGUUUGUUAUGGUGUGGAAUAUCAGGCAAACAGUUAGGAAAACUUCCCCCCGGCAGCAGUCUAGACCUACCACUCACUAUUAUCCCAAUCAGUCCUGGAUUACAGACCAUUUCUGGAGUUCGCUUGACAGAUUCUUUCUUAAAAAGAACUUAUGAACUGGAUGAAAUAGCCCAAAUAUUUGUAUAUAAUCCAGAAAUAGAGUAAAAACUACAGCUCUAUGAAAAUGCAUCAUCCUUUUUAAGUGCAUAGUGAAAAACUGUUUGAUGGUUAAUGACAACUCUUCAUCCAGAUGAUUUUGUUUUUAUCAACAGAAACGUUGCCUAAAAACAUGCUUAAAAAUUCCAUUUUGUCUUUACGUGGCUUGCUGGAAAGCUCUUGUCAUGUACUUGUUCAUGUCAUUAUUAAUACAGAAUGAGCAAAUUAUUCAUUUGUUUUGCCUAUGGCAAGUAAUGAAUUUUUUUAGAAAAGAGCCAACAUGAUUCAUUUGAAUGGAUUACUUGUCAGCAUAGAUAUGUGGUGCUCAUCUUUCAUUGAUUGUUAAUAAGUGCAAUUAUAUUGUAAAUAAAUGUAAAGUAACAUAUGGUGAAUAUAUAUAUAUAUAAUGAUGAUGUUUUUGAAUGUAUCCUUUCCCAAAAUGGAUCAAAAUUUCCAAUACAUAUAUAAAUAUUUAUUGAUAAUGAUUUGAAGUGUGCUCCCUCAGCUGUAGGUUACUUGGGAUGCCUAAAAGAAAAUUCAAUCCAGCACGAGGAUAGGAUAGGAUCUGUGAUCAAUUUAUUACUAAUUUAUCAACACUUGACAGGAACAGUGUAAUAGCAUCACAAAAUAUAAUCUUUUGCAAUGAUUCUAAAAAGCAUUAUGUACCAUUCAUUCAUCAUAAUCUUUUCAUAUAGCUUUUGAGGUUGGUAACAUCAAACUUGCAUAAAACAUACACCUCUACAGGUAUACCUGUUUUUUUGCUCAUAAAGGAAACAAACGGCCAGCUGUUAGAAUCUUCUGUUUUCUAUCAGUUAAAAAUUCCAAGCACCAUGCAUGACAAUGCUCCAUGUUCUACCAACAGUUUAACCAAGCCUUUUCAUUCUAAAUUUGUUCACAGACUGGCACAAAACGUACAACAACAAAGUAAAAUGAAAACUAACAGUGCUGCCAUCUUUAGGUAGUUUAUGUUUGCUGGAUGCUAACAAAUUGAAAUGACCAGCACAAAGGGGCAGUGUGCAGGAUUUUUAUUGUCUUAGAUCACAUCUUUCUUAAAAAUCUUGGUACAAAGGCGCAUUUUGUCCUUUUAAACAAUGAUACGACUGUCCCCUAUUAUGCGCAGUGCCAAUGUAAGGAAUGCCGGCAACUGCAUGUAUAUUUUAUCUUGAUUCAGUGAUGGUCAGUAAUCACAGUGAUCUGUUCAAGACCUUGGGGGGGGGGGGGG